AUGACGGCAAACGUAGCAAACGCGAACCGCUUCUCCACCUACACCACGGCCUCGACCGGCUCCGAGACCAGGAACUUGAACAAUGGCGACAAGAAGGAUCUCUGGAGCUCCAUGCUCGACUCGGUCGCCAGCGGCAAGCGCCUGCCCGAGAAGAACCUGCUCGUCCUCGGCGGCACUGUCGAUUCUCAGCGCGAGUUCUUUGAAUCCCUGUCUACCACAGAGCUCCGCCGCACCCUUGACCGCCAGCCCUCCAAGAAACCCCCCGUUGCCAAUAGCUUCGCCCUAGGCUACACAUACUACGACGUCCUCGACGCCGACCAGGAAGACACGCUGGCCCGCAUCUCGCUCUACACCCUCACGAGCCCCGAGCCAGCUUUCGCCUCCCUCCUAAAGCCCCUCCUCACGCCUCAGUCGAUACCAAACACGCUGAUCGUCGUCCUCUUGGACUGGUCGCAGCCCUGGAAGUGGAUGCGCCAGCUCCGAGAAUGGAUCCUGCUUUUGAGGACCGUGCUGGUCUCCCUGAGCGACGAGUGCAAGUCGACAAUGGAGGAGGCCAUGGUGUCGUGGAGAGAUCGCGGCCGCGGUGGCGGCACAAACCUUGACGGCACCGCUGUGACGGCGUCAGACGGCGAUGUCUCUCUCCCAAUAGGCCCGGGCGAGUGGGAGGAUGCGCUGGGCCUCCCGCUGUGCUUGGUGUGCCAGAAUGCUGAGAAGAUGGAAUACUUGGAAAAGACGCAGGGCUGGAAGGAGGAGGAAUUCGACGUAGUGUUACAAUUCCUACGGACCAUCCUCCUAAGACAUGGCGCGUCACUAAUAUACACGACCCCUUCUUCACCAUCCCAGCUCCCUAGCCUCAUACACGCCAGCUUAGGGAUUCACUCGCUUCUGAAGAAGCACCCGCUCAAACACAAUGUCAUUGACAGGGACAAGAUAGUCGUCCCGCCCAACUGGGACUCGUGGGGCAAGAUCCGGGUGCUUAGGGAAGGAUUCGACGUUGAGCUUGUCAGCAACGCGUGGGCGCUAGAUCUGGACCAGCCUUUCCCCGCGGAGCAGCACGUCAAUGGAGUUGUGGCACAAGACGGCCAUGCCAGUGAAGCCCAAGAGGACCACGCGGCAGAGGCAGAACCCGAAGGGUCGGUCGUGUCGCUAUACGAGUCGGCCGUGCAGGAUCCCACAAUGGACGCGCUGCAAAUAGCAGGGCGCAAUACAUACUCGACGAAGCUCGAGGUCGAGACAUCCUCGACGCAGAACUUUCUGGGUCAGCAGCUCAAGAUCCUGGAAGCCUUCCGUCAAAAGAACGACGAGGCGACGCGCGAAGAGUCUCGGUCGAAGCCCUUUAAGAAGGUAGAGGAAGAGGAGUUCAACGGCUACCUGAACCAUCCAACAUCUGAGCCGCAAGUGCUCGAUCAAAUCGGUCCCGUGCAGUUCAACAUGGGCGGCAUCCAGGUCGAUGCCGACGACAUGGUGAAGCGACUCAAGGACCGCCAACACUACGGCUCCUCCCCUGAGCCCACGAGCCCGAGUGGCGAGAGCGGCGUCGAGGACGCGCCGCAGAUGGACACGGAAAACCUGCAGGCCUUUUUCACGGGCCUGAUGAACAAGAGACCGGGAGGUAGGAAUGCCAAAUGA